AUGCAUAUUCCCAAGGUCUUCUUUGGAGUUGUUGGAAAUGCCACUGCUCUGUUCCUCUUCUUGGCUCCCAUCAUCACAUUCAAGAGGAUCAUACAGAAGAGAAGCACAGAGCAGUUCUCAGGCAUUCCGUAUGUCAUGACUUUGCUCAACUGCCUCCUCUCCGCUUGGUAUGGCCUGCCCUUUGUGUCCCCCAACAACAUCUUGGCCUCAACCAUCAAUGGUACUGGUGCAGCCAUUGAAGCAAUAUAUGUGUUGAUCUUCAUCAUAUUUGCCCCCAAGAGAGAGAAGUUCAAGAUUCUUUGCCUCUUCACCUUUGUGCUUGCUAUCUUCUCCACUGUGGCUUUGGAAAAGCUGGUACCUAGCACCGGCAACUCUUUCGAGUGUUUGGCGUUGAUACUGGCACAUGUUGUCAAUGGAAGAGUGGGCAAUGUAGAGGCCCAAGAAGUUGUUCAUGAGCCGCUGGUCGGCUACCAGCUUCAGGUUGAGCUUCUCGGCGUCUUGGACGGACUGGAUCAAAGGGUCGGUUGGGCUGUACUGGACCUUCUGAUUCUGGCUCUGGAAUUUGAGGGUGGGGACAGAGCGAAGCCCCGCCCAUAA